AUGGCAGACCCCUCCAAUCAACAAGCCCACCUCACUGGUCUCGUACAAGCCGCGGCGCAAGUUGCGCAAGACGAUCGCCAACGUGCCAACCGCCUCGACAAUAUCCAGGUCGAUGCUCCGAUGGCAGAGGGAGGCUUCUCUCCCCAGACCUCCCCCGGUUCUCCGGCUCCUGUUCGCACUCCGGGCCAAAAGCCCAAGAAGAAGUCCGCACGUCCAACCAAUGCUGAGAUGAUGAGGGACCUUGAGCUCGCGCCGGAGCACUUCCUAGCCUUGCAGGAUGAGGGUAAGGCCUUCAUGUUCGACCCUACCCAUCCAGAACGUCGCAACAUCAUUGGCGAUAGGCGAGCAGGUGGUGAGUCUGCGGCUGCAAGAGAAAGACUGUGGGGGUGUAUUGAGACCUUCCUGACGGGUGGCGCUGGCGACAAAUACUUCAGCCGUGCAGCUGCUCGCGGUCCUCCAGGAUCGCCAGUACGCACUCGAUUCUGGCCCGAAGACGCCCACAAAAUCAUGCAGCACAUGAGGCCAUUCAUGCGAAGAUUCGUCAACAACGAAAAGCAGCGCCUUUACGUGCACGAGUCUCGCAGUGAGAGAGUUCAGAGGACCGAGCAGCAGGGCCAAAGUCCCGAGCAACAACGUCAGACUGUCGAACAGCUAGGUCAGCUCCCACCAUUCUCAUCGAUCAUUACUGCCCCACCCAUCGACCCUGCUAUCACCUCAACGGGUUACAUACCAAGUCUCACGGCUACCACGGGCGAUACGACUGCAACAGUUGGUCUUGAAGACCUUGGUGAACUCCCGCCGCCGGUCCAGAUCAUGAUCAACAUCAUGCGCCAUGACUCUGCUGGAUUUCUCACACGAGUGAUUCCUCGCUUCACUGUUGAUCCUAAUGCAUGCACUACAUUGGCCGCUUUGCAUGAUUGUAUCAAGAGGAAGUUUGAAGAACCAGAGACCGCCGAAAAGCAACCAGACCUCGCCAACGUGCGCCUGGAAAAGUGCGAGUUCAAGGUCUUGUUGCCCGAAGGACUGGUCCCAGUAAACGGAGAUACCGACUGGAUGGUUGCUUUACUCAGUUGCGAGAACACGGAAUGGAUGGAUAGCCAAGUUAGGGUGCUCGUGAUGGUCUAG